AUGAGAAAUCUUCCCUCACCGGGGAGCUGGCCACAGAGAGAAGAGGCUUAUAAAUACCUGGCAUUCCUCCCCUUCCAAAAGAGUUUUACCAGCAUCAACAGCAACAGCUUUCCAACUCUGAUCAAACAAGCAAUUCAAGAAAACUCUCAUCAAAUCAUUCUCAAAAUGAAGCCCACUCUUGUUCUCGCUCUCUUCACCAACGGCAUCUUCGCCGCCACGACUGGUGACGCACCAAAGGCUGCCUCCGAGGAUAAAAGUGGUGUCUCUGCCUUUAACAAGGAUGUUUUCAGCUUUUCCUCUAAAGAUGUUGGCGCCAAAGCUUGGUGCGGAGGCUUUGCCAUCUGGUUCCGACUUGGCAACAAUGGGGAGAAGAGUCUGUAUCUCUCACGGGCCGGAUUUGCUGUGAUGGAUGGCCAAUCCAGCGAGGAGCCUUUGAGAAAUUGGUAG